AUGUUUGGACGAACUCAGUACAACGGAGUGGUCCAAGUGGGCUCUCGCACAUUUGAAGCGCAAGAAUUGCAAAAGUUAAUUCCACAACUUGAAGAAGCCAUUCAGCGGAAAGACCAACAACUGAAGGCCCAACAAGGAACGGUUGAAAAUCACAUUCGACGAAUCGCUGAGCUAGAGGCAGAAGUUACAUCACUGCAGGUGGCUUUAGAGUGUUUAUUUGCUUCUUUGCCUUCUGGCGAGUGCUGCCCUGUCUCGAUAGAUUAG